CAGAGUUUUCCCGCUGAUUCGGCGCAUCAGGAAUACCAUAUAAUACAAAGUCCCGUCCUAUCCAGGGCUUUCACACAACGAUUUCAGUGUUUCAGGAUAGCGGUCAGCUUUCCAUCGUGUUAUCAGACGAUAAAUUGUUUCAAGUUCAAGUUCAGAACGUUGUGCUCGAUCGAUUAUUUUAACCUAUAAGAGAGACGUUUCCCUCAUCUGUACCUAUAUUAGUACCUCGUUUUUCUUUUGCAAAUUUUUCGGCGGAUAUUUUCCUGAAAGAUGGAGGUGGUUGUUGACAGUGACAACGUGAGAUACGACGUUGAUUUCAUCGAGAGCAAGUAUGAUUAUCAAUUCACGGAAGCCGAAAAGAUUGGAGAUAAAAUAUUGGUGACGCCCAAAACUUCGCACCUGGUGAUACGCACCCAGCGCAAGGUGCCGCGGCUGGGCGUGAUGCUGGUGGGAUGGGGUGGCAACAACGGAUCCACCCUCACGGCCGCCCUGAUCGCCAACAAGCUGGGUCUCUCCUGGCCCACCAAGAAGGGAACGCAGUCCGCCAAUUGGUUCGGUUCGAUAACGCAGGCGAGCACCCUGCACCUGGGCAGGAACGUCAACGUGGCCCUGGGAAAAUUGCUGCCGACGGUGAAUCCUGACGAUAUAGUGGUCGACGGCUGGGACAUCAGCGGUAGGAAUCUGGCCGAAGCGAUGGAGAGGGCCAUGGUGUUUGAGCCCUGUCUGCAGGAGAUGUUGAAGCCGCACAUGAAGAAGUUCAAACCGAGGGCUUCGAUAUACUCGCCGGACUUCAUCGCGGCCAAUCAGCUAUCCAGAGCAGACAAUCUGAUAGAAGGCACCAAGCAGAUGCAGGUGCAGCAGAUAUGCAGGGACAUCGAAUCGUUCAAGGCCAAGGAGAAACUGGACAAGGUGAUAAUAUUGUGGACGGCCAACACCGAACGUUUCUGCGACGUGAUACCCGGUGUGCACGACACCGCCUCCAACCUGAAGAGGGCCAUCGCGGGCAACCACGCCGAAAUAUCCCCGUCGACGCUGUUCGCCUACGCGGCCGUCUCCAUGGGCUGUCCCUACAUCAACGGCUCGCCGCAGAACACGUUCGUGCCGGGCCUGAUCGAAUUCGCCGAGAAGAAGGACGUGUUCAUUGGCGGCGACGAUUUCAAGUCCGGCCAGACCAAGAUCAAGAGCGUCAUCGUCGAUUUUCUCGUGUCGGCCGGCAUAAAACCGGUCAGCAUCGUCAGCUACAACCACCUGGGCAACAACGACGGUAAAAACCUGUCGUCGCAGGCGCAGUUCAGGUCCAAGGAGAUUUCAAAAAGCAACGUUGUGGACGAUAUGGUGGAUUCAAACGAUAUUCUGUACAAACCUGGUGAAAAACCCGAUCACGUCGUGGUCAUAAAAUAUGUACCGUAUGUUGGGGACUCAAAGCGCGCCAUGGACGAAUACGUCUCAGAAAUCAUGAUGGGAGGCCUCAAUACCCUCGCCAUCCACAACACCUGCGAAGACUCCCUUCUGGCCACGCCGAUAAUGCUAGAUCUGAUCAUCUUGACUGAGCUAUGUACCAGAAUAAAGAUGAAGAAAUCCAACCAGUCAGAUCAGGAAUUCACCGGCUUCCAUGUCGUCCUUUCCGUAUUGAGCUACUUGAUAAAGGCCCCCUUGGUACCAGACGGUACCCCGGUGGUGAACGCGCUCUUCAGGCAGCGAGCCUGCAUCGAGAACAUCAUGAGGGCGUGCGUGGGUUUGCCGCCAGACAACAACAUGCUGCUGGAGUACAAGCUGCCGUUCUUGAUGGAGGAGACCAUUCAAAACGAACCUCCGAGCAAGAAGUUGAAAUAUGACGACGAGUAAUAGGGGUUGUUACGCGAGACGGGUGCUAUAUAGUUGUGGAUUCGCUUGUAAAAAAACUUGUAAGUUUCUCCAUUAUUUCUGGCGGUGGUGGUGGGUAUAAGUUGUACAAAUGUCUGUGAAGAAGGUGCGAUGUUGAUGUUUGGAUUUGAAUUUCUUGUAAGAUGUUUAGAUAUCUGUUAUUGGUGAUGGAUAUUAUGUACUUAUAUAAUUAAAGUUAAAAUGUUA